AUGAACAACCGCAGCAUUGUUCAGCUUUAUAUAACAGCCUGAUCGUUCAGCCUGGGGCUGCUGCCAGGGCCGUGCCUCACACGAAAGGCGACCGCGACCCCGUGCUGCGCGUGCCUGAGCCCCGCACCGCCUUUGCUCAUCCUGCCCAACUCCCCCUCAAACCACAAGCAGCCCCUGCCCCGAAAUGGUGGUGAUGUCCCUGCUGAGGUGCUGCUUGGCUGGGGAUGGAGGGGGGGGUUGCUGGGGUCUCACGGCUGCGCGCUGCCCUGCAGCAAGGCAGAGGCAGAGGCCAUGGAGAAGGAGCUGCUGGAGGAUUAUCGCUUCGGGCGGCAGCAGCUCAUCGAGAUCUGGGGGCACGCCUGCGCCGUGGCCGUCACCAAGGCCUUCCCGCUGCCAUCCCUGCCACGGAAGCAGCCCACAGUGCUGGUGGUUUGCGGCCCUGAGCAGAACGGGGCCAUCGGGCUGGUGUGCGCACGGCACCUGCGCGUCUUUGACUAUGAACCCACCAUCUUCUACCCCAAACGUUCCCUGGACCCCCUGUACCGGGACUUCACCACUCAGUGUGAGAAGAUGGACAUCCCCUUCCUCUCGUACCUCCCCACCGAGGUGCAGCUGAUCAACGAUGCCUACAACGCAGUGGUGGAUGCGGUGCUGGGGGCUGAAGCGGAGCUGGGUGAGGGCAGGGGGCCUUGUGCUGGCAUCCUUGCCACCCUAAAACACGUCCGCAUCCCCAUUGUCAGCCUGGACGUGCCCUCAGGGUGGGACGUGGAGGCGGGCAGCAGUGGUGGGAUCAGCCCUGAUGUGCUGGUGUCCCUGAUGGCCCCCAAGCUGUGCGCCCGCCGCUUCCUGGGCCGUCAGCACUUUGUGGCCGGCCGCUUCGUGCCCUACGACGUGCAGAAGAAGUUUGAGCUCAACCUUCCUGAGUACCCGGGCACCGAGUGCGUGGUGGCCCUGAGUGCCCCUCAAUAA